GAUAUUAUGUAAAUUGUAAAAGAUAGACAAUUUCGAUUAAAAAAAAAAGCCUUCAUUAAAAAAUGGAGCACCAAAAUCAGUUCCAUUGGCUUAUGUCGUCUAAUUGUGGCUUACUCAACUGAACCACAAUCCUUAUCAACACAAUGCAUCAUCAUGGUAAAAUCAAACUUGGCUCCAUUUCUCAACCAUUUUCCAAAUCUCUCCACCAUUUCCCUUUGGAACUCCAGCAUAAGAGACGCAGCAAACCAAGGCCACCCCCACAAAGCCCUUCUCCUCUUCCGCCAAAUGAAGCAAACCCAUUUACAACCCAACAACUUGACCUUUCCCUUCGUUGCAAAAGCUUGCGCCAAGCUCUCCGACCUCAUUUACUCCCAAAUAAUUCACACCCAUAUCGCCAAAUCGCCGUUCCAGUCCGAUAUCUAUGUGCAGACUGCGCUGGUUGAUAUGUACGUGAAAUGUGGCCGCUUAGAUUAUGCCCACAACCUGUUUGAGAAAAUGCCUGAUAGGGAUUUAACAGCUUGGAAUGUUAUGCUUGUGGGUUUUGCUCAUCUGGGUCUUAUUGAUAAGGUUGCCAUUCUUUUGUAUCAAAUGAGACUUGAUGGGAUUUUCCCGGACUCGGUUACUAUAAUCGGACUUACUCAAUUGGGUUCUGGUUUGGAGGAUCUCAAGUUGGUAAAUGCAAUUCAUUGUUUUGGGAUUCGUAUAGGGGUAGAUGGGGAUGUUUCGGUUGCUAACACUUGGGUUUCUGCCUAUGCUAAGUGUGGCGAUUUGGGUAUGGCAGAGAUGGUAUUUGGUGGGAUUGAUUUGGGUUUGAGGACAGUUAUUUCUUGGAAUUCUAUGCUCUCAGGAUAUGCCUAUUGUGAAGAAUCGGUUAAGGUGGCUGGCUUGUAUAAACUGAUGCUUUUCGAUGGAAUUAGGCCAGAUGCAAGCACCAUUCUUAGUUUGCUUUGUUCAUGUGUGAGAACUGAUGCAUUAUAUCAUGGUAAAGUGAUUCAUUGUCAUGGAGUUCGAUUAGGCUGUGUUUUCAAUGUUUCAGUGCUUAAUACCCUCAUUUCAAUGUACUCCAAGUGCGGAGAUAUUGAAUCUGCUCGUUGUGUAUUUGAUAGUGUGAGACAUAGAAAUUGUGUUUCUUGGAAUGCAAUUAUAGGUGGGUAUGCCGAGAAAGGUGAUUUGGACGAGGCAUUGGCUCUCUUUCGCUGUAUGGAAGCAACUGGUCUGAAACCUGAUAUUGUUACUCUGCUGUAUAUGAUCUCGUGUUGUGGCCAAACAGGAUCACUUGAGGUUGGAAGAUGGAUCAACAACUACACCAUUUCAAACAGUCAAAUAGACAAUGUAACAGUGUGCAAUGCGUUGAUAGAAAUGUAUGCGAAAUGUGGAAGUAUAAGAGACGCUUGGGAACUCUUUUGUACGAUGCAAGAAAAAACCGUUGUCUCUUGGACAAGUAUGAUUUCAGGUUGCGCUCUAAAUGGAGAAUUUAAAGAAGCUUUGGACCUUUUCUAUCUGAUGUUGGAGUUGGGUCUGAAACCGAACCACAUUACAUUCCUUGCUGUGCUUCAAGCAUGCAAUCACGCAGGUUUACUUGAGAAAGGGUGGGAAUGUUUUGAUUUGAUGACCAAAGUACACAGAAUAAAUCCUGGAUUAGAUCAUUAUUCAUGCAUGGUUGAUCUUCUUGGGCGAAAAGGAAAGCUAGAAGAAGCGUUGAAGUUUAUUGAGAAGAUGCCGUUCAAACCUGAUGCUGGUAUUUGGGGUGCAUUGCUUAGUGCUUGUAAAAAUCACCACAAUGUAGAGAUAGGCGAGUACGCGACUUAUCGCCUUCUUGAACUGGAAUCUGAGGCCGCAGCUCCAUAUGUAGAAAUGGCUAAUUUAUACGCGUCGGUUGGAAGGUGGGAUAGAGUUGCUGGAAUUCGGAAACUGAUGAAGGCGAAUCAAGUGACGAAAUCUGCAGGGCAAAGCCUCGUCCAGGUGAAUGGGAAGAUUCGUAAAUUUACGGUUGAAGAUAGAAGUCAUACAGAGGGCCAGCUGAUAUACGAUAUGUUGGAUGCCUUAGCUUUGCCGUUGAAAGAGGAAAAAUAUUCAUCAGUUGUAGAGGAACUUACAGAUAAUCAAUAAAAUUGAAGUUAAGCGAGAAUCUACCCGGAAAAAAGGGUAGAUCUGCAUUGAAAACUAUG